AUGGGGGCGCCGCCGCUUCGGCCGCCCAGUGCAGCCUGCGCCGCCGUCAUGUCCGAGACUGCCCCUGCUGCCGCCCCGGCCCCCGCAGCUCCGGCCCCCGCUGCCAAGGCCGCCGCUAAGAAGCCGAAGAAAGCGGCGGGCGGCUCCAAAGCCCGCAAGCCCGCGGGCCCCAGCGUCACCGAGCUGAUCACCAAGGCCGUGUCCGCCUCCAAGGAGCGCAAGGGGCUCUCCCUCGCCGCGCUCAAGAAGGCGCUGGCCGCCGGCGGCUACGAUGUGGAGAAGAACAACAGCCGCAUCAAGCUGGGGCUCAAGAGCCUCGUCAGCAAGGGCACCCUGGUGCAGACCAAAGGCAUUGGUGCCUCCGGCUCUUUCCGCCUCAGCAAGAAGCCUGGGGAAGUGAAGGAAAAAGCCCCCAAGAAGCGGGCGGCCGCAGCCAAGCCCAAGAAGCCGGCAGCUAAGAAGCCCGCCAGCGCCGCCAAGAAGCCCAAAAAGGCUGUGACAGCGAAGAAGAGCCCCAAGAAAGCGAAGAAGCCGGCGGCCGCGGCGGCCAAGAAAGCGGCCAAGAGCCCCAAGAAGGCGACUAAGGCUGCCAAGCCCAAGAAAGCAGCGGCGGCAGCGAAGAGCCCGGCCAAGGCAAAGGCGGUGAAGCCGAAAGCAGCCAAGCCCAAGGCGGCCAAGCCCAAAGCGGCCAAGGCGAAGAAGGCGGCGCCUAAGAAGAAGUAAGCUCCCGUGGAGGAAAGCUUUUCUUCCGCACUUAAACCCAACGGCUCUUUUAAGAGCCACCCACGUCGUCUUAAAAGGGCUGAAA